CCUUUACCAGUCGAGCUUGAGUAAAUCGAGGAACUCCCGGGCCGUCGGUGCCGGAUGAUUGAUCGUGCUGCGAUACCUCAGAAAUAAUUCUGUGCCCCGUGCCUGUGGAGACAGUCGGGAUUGAAACAGUUCCGAACAAGAUGGAAGACGAAAAAGAAAACGCGCGAGAUGGGAAACAAGAUCGAACGAGUUCAGUCCGGUACAUAUUGUGUGGAUUGCUGUUCAUGAAUUGUUUCCUGCUGUACGCGAUGCGAUUGAACCUCUCGAUCUCGAUGACAGCCAUGGUCAACACGGAGAAUCCUGAUGUCAUGGCUCCCUUGAAUGAGACUUGCAGGAGCCUAGACAGGGCUGUUGAGAACACGACCGUCCCCAGGCCCAAUAAGACUGGGGAAUUCGAUUGGGAUCAGAGUCAGCAAGGGAUGAUCACGUAUUCUUUCUUCGUCGGGUAUCUUAUUACUCAAAUCCCCGGAGGAUAUUUGGCCGAAAUUUAUUCCCCCACGUUGGUGCUGGGCUUGGGGAUGGGGCUCACAUCCGUUUUGACAUGUUUCACGUCUAUAGCGGCACGGACGCAUAUAGCUCUUCUGAUCGCCCUCCGCAUGCUAGAGGGUCUCGGUGAGGGAGUGAUGUAUCCUUCCGUGUUCGUCUUCAUAGCGAACUGGAUACCGGUUCAGGAACAGGGGCUCCUCUUGAACUUCAUCGUUUCCGGAUGCGCCGUGGGAACCGUAGUCACGAUGACGGUGUCCGCCUUGUUGUGCAACUCGCCUCUGGGGUGGCCUGCAUCGUUUUACGUAUUCGGGAUCAUCGGGAUCGUAUUCAGCAUCCUGUGGAUAACGCUGAGCGCCGGAGCUCCGGAGUAUCAUAGUUGGAUAUCGCCCGGAGAGCGCGACUACAUCAUCAAACACCGGGCGGCGUCCAAGAAGAAAAAUAUGCGAGCGGUACCCUGGAAGAAGUUGCUGCUCUCCCCGGCCGUAUUGCUCCUUGGCAUUGAGUGCUUUGGCGUCUCGAUGAACGCCUACUUCAUCAUCACGGAAUUCCCGAGUUAUCUCAAGUACAUAUACGGAGCGGAUACCCUGACCGUGGGCAUGGUGACCGGGUUUAUGACCCUGGGAAGCGCGAUCUCUGUGAUUCUCUGUGGCUGGGCCACUGACAAGAUACUCGCCAAGGAAGCGAUUUCGAAAAAUACACUGCGUAAAUUCUGCGUGGCUGUCAGCUGCUUCGUUCCAUCCAUCUGCAUGAUCAUCAUUGCCCAAAUCGGCUGCAAUUACCACCUAGUCCUGGGCCUAAUGCUCCUAAAUCUGGUCUGCAUGGGGUUCAUUGGGGGUGGCGACCGCCUAAUCGGUCUCGACAUCGCCCCCGAGCUCGCAGGUUGUGUUCAAGGGGUCACGAGCUCAAUGGCAAACCUUGCUGGGGUUGUGGCUCCUGCUCUCGUCGCAAUCACCACGGAAAAAAAUAACACGGCUCACCAAUGGAAUCUCGUUCUCUACUGCGUUGCUGCUUGUGGCGCUUUCGGAGCGAUCUUGUUCAUUCUUUUCGGUACCGUCGCGAAGCAAGAUUGGGCCACAGAUGGAGAGGACGCAGAGGACAACGAAUUAGUCCAUCGUGAUAAUUAAGAGAUGGAUCGAUCAUUUAUUAGGAGUGGCGAAUAUGAAUUCAAGGAUGCGUGUACAAUUAUACUGAUACCGAAGAAAUACCGUCUCCACGAUAAUUGUCCGGUUCAAGAGUGGAGCUUCCCGUACGCGACC